UGCCGCAGCUCCGCGACGGUGUCGGACGUGCAGGGUGUGCUUCCUCGGGGUCGAGCUUCGUCGAGCUGCGAACGCACGUGACUCUCGGCGAGUCCGCGACGAGACCAAAGCAAGCGAGAAGAAAGGUGCGUUGAAGGUCGCACGAACAACGUCGCGACGAUGCGCAGCGGCAGGAUUGUGCACGGCGCUUUGUUGCUGCUCGCCGCGGUAACGAGUGCGAAUUCGACAAAAUGCAACCGGCUCAUAGACGGCGUUACCACGCCGCGCUCCAACGCCGAAGGCAGAUAUAACUUUUUCAUGACUCUGUACAACAGGACCGAGCUGGUUUACGCUUACAUGCCCAACACACGCUACAGCGUAACCCUGCAGAUCGACGGUACCGAUCAGCUGCAUCGGAAGUUCACGAGAUUCCUAAUAUCCGCCGAGGCCGAAAAUGCAAACGACACCGCGGACGUCGGGGUGUUUGAUCUUCAGGACGACACGAUGACCAAAUUUGCGGAUAAUUGCGCGAACGCGGUCGUGGAGACGUCCAAGGUGUUGAAGGAAGAAGUAACCGUUAUCUGGACCAGUCCUCCCGAAGGUAGCGGUUGUAUACUCCUCAGAGCGACGGUAAUGGAAACGCCGGAUACAUGGUACAUGGACGACUUCGACCUGAUCCUCAACAUGUGUCAAGACUCAAAAGCGGAAGCAGACGAUCAGGGCCCGGUGUUGGCGGAGUGCUGCGCCUGCGAAGAGGCAAAGUACGAGGUCACUUUUGAAGGGCUGUGGUCGCGGAACACUCAUCCAAAAGAUUUUCCUAGCAAAAACUGGCUGAUCCGAUUUUCCGACGUGAUCGGUGCGUCGCACACGGGAGAUUACAGGUUUUGGCAUUACAACGGCAUGGCCAGCAUCGGGCUGCGACAGGUGGCCGAGCACGGCGCCACGCGAAAAUUAGAGGGCGAACUGAAAGAUCGGAGCGAGCACAUCAGGACUAUCAUCAAGGCGAGAGGGAUCAGUUACCCGAACGUUACCGGCAGGACUUUCGCGGUGUUUCGCGUGGACCGCAGGCACCACUUGAUGUCUCUAGUGUCCAUGAUCGAUCCAUCGCCGGAUUGGAUCGUCGGCGUCUCCGGCCUCGAGCUCUGUCUGUCUAACCGCUCCUGGAUCGAACAUAAGGAGCUCAAUUUGUACCCGUACGAUGCUGGUACCGACAACGGCAUCACAUACUUGUCGCCCAAUUCGCCGACGGUGCCGCAGGAACUGAUCCGACGUAUCACGUCUACUUAUCCGAACGACUCCAGAUCGCCCUUUUACGAUCCAACGGGUCUGGACAUGAAACCCCUCGCUAAGCUCUAUUUGAACAGGCAGAGAUUAUACGAGAAGACUUGCGACGAGGCCGGCGAGACGCUGGGCGAAACAGGUGCAUUGGCAUCGAAUAAGAAAAAUAAAGUGUGCAGAGUCACCGCCUGGGGCGAAUGGGGCCCGUGUUCGGUAACCUGCGGCAAGGGCAACCAGCUGAGACAACGUCAUUUCCGCGACGAAGUGGCAGCGACCGCGAACAAGUGCAACACGGAGCUGACGGAUCGAAAAACUUGCUUUAACGAGCAAAACCGUUAUUGCGCCAGUUCCGGUCGUUACGACGGCACGCAGGACAGCGAGAUGUGCCAACUGACCAAUUGGGGCGCGUGGAGCUCGUGCUCGUCGACCUGCGGCGAGGGCAGCAAGACGCGGUCGAGAAAUUUCCAACAGAAGAAGCACCGGAAGCAGUGCAAAGCCGUGCCGAAUUUGCAGCAGACGGUCAGCUGCGAGAACGAGCCGUGCGAGGGCGAGGACGCGGAGGAGGUAAGAGAAGAUUCGAAUCGCGUGAGGAACAGCUACGAGGACGAGGACUAUGGCGAGAGGGCGGACUGGACUGGAGAGGUAACCGAGGAAUGGCUGCAGAAGUGUCCCAGUGAUCAUUACACGAAAUGGUCCAUGUGGUCGCCGUGCAGCUCCAGCUGCGGACCCGGCGUCAAGUUGAGGUCCAGGUUGUUGAAUAAAAACUGGAACACCAUGGGAAAGGACGACGACGACAGCCACGAGGAAUGCAAAGUGCAGCAGGCGUCGUGCACGGCCGAAAUACCGAGCUGUGACUUCACGAAGGACGAAGCGGAAAAGAUCUGCAGUGAGCCUAUGGAGAAGGGCCGUUGCACCUCCAACAUAUUGCGAGCCUAUUUCGACAAACAAGCCGGCCGCUGCCGUUUAUUCAGCUACACCGGGUGCGACGGCAAUCGGAAUAAUUUCCCGACCGAGCAGGAUUGCAACAAUGUUUGCGGUAACUUUCAAAGAGAAUUGCGGGCGAACCUGUCUGCGAUCAUGAAAAACUUUAAGGUGUCCCUUAGCAGCGUCCUCAGCUACCACAUCCCCGUGAAGGAGCAGCGCCGCACGAAGGCGAAGAGAGCGCAAUACGAGAAGGCAGACUUCAGAAAUAUCCAAGCGAGCAGCCUGGUAAUGGAAUCGAGCGAGGACAGUAAAGUGGACUGUCAGAUUACUGGUUGGAGCAAAUGGACGAGCUGUAACGGCUGCUACGGGUACAAAACUAGUACCAGGGAGAUCAUGGUCCCGGCCAAAGAUGGAGGUAAGAGCUGUCCGAAGAGAACCGUCCGAAGGAAAAAGUGCAGCAAGGUUCCACCGUGCUCUGAACAAGGCGACGGGAAAAGUCGACGAUCCUCACGGGACCAAAAUUCGGAAUACGAAGUCGAAUACGGAACCAAACACGACGCCAUACUCAAUAAAUACAUUUCAGUAAACUGCAAAGUGACACACUGGUCGACGUGGUCAGGGUGCAGUGCGACCUGCGGCGACGCGAUGCGGCAUCGUGUUCGCAGUGUGAAGGUGAAACCACGAGGACUCCGGGCCCGACUUUGUCCACCUCUGGUGGAAUUCAAGAAGUGUCCCGUGGCGGAAUGUCCGAAGUAACAAAGUGCUCGAUGACUUCGUUACCGCCACGACGUUUCGCCGUCGUCCGCUCUCGCCAUCAUCGGCGAGAAGAAAGUCGGGCAGAAAUUUACAUGCCGCAAUCUAUCAAUCCUCACGGAUCCUAUCCCGAACGGGCGCAGCGCGUCCGUUCGGAUACUCGAAUUUAUACGACGACUCUCGCUAGACCUAUUAUAGAUUAGCGACCCUCUCCUUAUCCUCUCUCUUUCUCUUUUUCGAACGUGAGGCCAUCAUGAAGCAGAGAUAAUACUGGACAAUGAUCUGAUAAAAUCUAAGCCGAUACUUAACGCUUUAGUACUUAAGAUCGCACGUAGGAUUCGAUAGAAUUUUUCUAAGAGUCUGUUAUUGUCCUUCUUCGCAUGUCUGGAAGGCAUUUUCAUUGACUUAUCUAAUUCUCAUAUUCGCCCGCGAUUGAGCAACAAUUUUAUAGAAAUAUAUUCGCAGAACGUAAUAUUAUUAUCGACGCGUGCACCAUUUGAAAAAAAAAUGCCGGGUUUCUUUUUCACAGAUCUCCGCAUAAAAUCUCGUAUUUUACACAAUGAGGACUUUCGAUACUCCAUUUCCGUAUCUGAAUUAUCACACGGCGUGAUUUAGUCACGUGUCAUGAUAAGAACACACGCAAUGAAAUUUUGGCCAAAGAUUGACGAUAACAGAUCAGUCCAGUGUUGGCUCUGAUGCAACAUUCUAUAAUUAGUUUGAGCAUGUCAAAGUAGAAUUUAUUAUCGUCGUAUGAUUUGUUCUUUCUCAAGAGGCUACAGCGGGGAGAUAGCGAGGAUAUAUCGGGGAGUUAGUUCUAUCUAUCGCGUAAUAUUAUUAUAUACUCACCUUAUGUCCUCCAGUGUGACUUAUUACGCACAGGAAAGUCGUGCCAUUAAUAAUAACGCUGUCGCAUUAUUUAGCGAUUCGUUGUGUCAAUAUCGGAGUAUUCAAUGAUAGAUUUAACGCGAUGACGUAUAUAAUACAAUAUGCAUUCGCUUCAUUCGACUCACAAUUGUUAAAAAAGAACACACAACGUUACUCGCGCGACGUGGUUAAGUUAAGAUGAAAUCAAUUUGCAUUCCAACGCGCGUCGUGCUUAGAAAAAAGAAAAAACGAGAAGAUGAUUCGUGCGAUUAAUAUUACUCGCAACAACUUGAUAUUGUGUUUCCGACGUCGAUUCUGACCGUUAAGAGAGGAAUGAAAAAGAUAAAAAGUCAAAUAACUUGUGACAAGGUAACGUUACGUUAGAUAAGAGAUGAAACCGGUCCUUUUUAUCGCGGGAAUGAGAAGCGCGCGAACAUUAAAAGGACCACUCGUUUAAAGAUAACGUUUGUUCACAAUAUGCGCGUAUUAUAUUCGUAGCAUUUAUCAUGCAUUACAGAUCUCAAAGUAAGACCAAAAGAGCUCGUAAUAGCUUCAGUUUGGAAACUGAGAACCACACACGGUAUUUUGAAAACUAUGACUGUAAAAUAUGACGUAGACAUAUCAAUAGGUAGUAAAAAAGCCGUUUGUUUAGCGCAUGAGGAGUUUCCUUAAUCCGCAAUUUUCUUCACCCUUCAUUGACAAUAAAUGAAAUCAUAUAGGUGUAUGGUACAAAGAAGGAAACAAACGUCAUUUUUUGUAAAGGCAUUAUAAUAUUCAUAAUAAAGAUGAUCGCUAUAAUUAA